AUGGGGUUCUCUCAAUCGAAAUUGGUCACCCAGAUCAAAAAGAAACCAAGCAGUGCCCCAGAUGGCCAAACCGAUGCUGAAGCCGGAUUCGGCUCCAGCGGAGUCAAGACGACCAUGGGCCACGAUCUUACUCAUAUGGGUUUGAAGAAUGCCAAAACCGUCGUACAAGCAAUCACCACUCUCGCUUCCGGCGAUCCGCUCGACGACAAAGAGCUCCUCCUCGAACACGGCGUGGCCAUGCUCCAAUCUCUGCCAUUGAACAGCGGAUUGAGUGCUACAGCCUCCAAUGACUUCAUUGGUAUGCUCUGGAAUGAUCUCCCUCAUCCAGCAGCCACCACCGCAGGUCCCACUGCCCGAUAUCGGGAACAUGAUGGAAGUGGAAAUAACCCGUGGAACCACGAUAUGGGAAAGGCCGGAUCUCCAUACUCUCGAAGCGUCCCUCCUUUGAAGCCCAAAGGCCCAAAUCUUCCUGAUCCGGAACUGGUGUUUGAACAACUCCUCAAGCGAAAUGAGGAAACGUUCCGCCCGCAUCCCUCCGGUCUCAACAGACUUUUCUUCUCGUUUGCUACGAUGGUCAUUCAUGAAUGUUUCCAGACGAAUCGGAAGAACCAAUGGAUCAACGAUACCAGUAGUUAUGUGGAUCUGAGUACGAUUUAUGGCAAUACGGGAGAUGAACAGACCCGGGUCAGGACAUAUGAGAAUGGUCUCAUUUUCCCAGAUAGUGUGGCGAGUGAGAGGAUUAUGAUGAUGCCUCCGGGUGUGGUUGCGGUUGCAAUCAUGUUUUCGCGAAAUCACAAUCAGAUUGCCAAGGAUUUGCUGAGUGUCAAUGAGGCUGGAAAAUACAAGUCGUGGGACAAAUUGAGCAAGGACGAGCAGAAGUGGCAAGACGAAGACAUCUUCCAGCUAUCUCGCAACAUCAAUGUUGGUUUCUUCGCUUCGGUCGUCCUUAAGGAUUAUGUCGCAGCCAUUCUCAAUACCCCACGUGCCAACUCGACCUGGUCCCUCGAUCUCGGUGCUGAAAUCAAGCAACUGGGAAAGAGAAUCGAGCGAGGUACUGGAAAUGUGGUGUCUGUCGAAUUUGCCGUGCUCUACCAUUGGCACGCAGCACUCAGUGCAGCAGAUGCGAAAUGGAUGGAGGAUCUGCUUCGAUGGCAGCUGCCUGAGCUCAAAUCGGUGGAUGACAUGACUGUUGAGUUGUUCCAGAAAGUCGUUAUGACUGCUGGUCACGCUCUCAUGGCCCAGCCAGCCAAGGAGUGGACCUUCAAUAAUUUCAAGAGAGGGGAGGAUGGAAGAUUCAGUGAUGUUGAUCUUGCUGAGAUCAUCAAAGAUUGUAUCGCAGAACCGGCACAUGCUUUUGGUGCACAUGGUACUCCGGCUUCUUUGAAGAUUGUGGAUAUCAUGGGUCAAUUACAAGCACGAGAAUUGUUCAAUGUUUGCACCAUGAACGAAUUCCGAAAAUACCUCAACCUGAAACCCUACGCGACUUUCGAAGAUUGGAACCAAGACAAGGAGACUGCCAGAGCCGCAGAAUUGCUUUAUGGACACAUUGAUAACCUCGAGCUAUACCCCGGCUUGAUGGCAGAAUGUACCAAGCCAGCCAUUCCAGGAAGUGGUGUCUGUCCAGGUCAGACUACAGGUCGUGGUAUCCUAGAUGAUGCCGUUGCACUUGUUCGAGGUGAUCGUUUCCUCAGUUAUGAUUUCAACAGUAGUACGUUGACAAAUUGGGGAUAUGCCAAACUUGGCACGGGUUCAGCACCUGGUGCUUACGGAGGCGUUCUUCCAACACUUCUCUUCAAUGGUCUUCCAGGAGCGUGGACUGGAACUUCUUCUUGGGCUCUUCUGCCUUUCUACACUCCAGACGCAGUCAAGGGUAUUUUGAAAGGAAACAAGGUUAUCGAGCAAUACGAUCUCGACCGUCCUGCCAGCGGCAUGGAUGUCGUAGGUGUCUACACCCAGGAAGGUUGCAAAGCCGUCUUCGAGGACCGUGAGAACUUCCGUGUCAUGUACCAGAAGGCCAUCCGCCAGUGUACUGACAACCACGAUUUCAUGAUCGGAUGGGACGAUGCUCCAAGACACGACACUCGCUCUAGCAUUCUACACAAAGUGAUGUUUGAAGAAGGAUUCGAAGCCAACGUCACCAAAUUCUUCUCCACCAACGUCUCAAAACUGAUUAAAGACCACUCACUCAAGUACACGGGAACCCGCCGCUCAAUCGACAUCGUCCGCGAUGUCACCAACAUAACCCCCAUCCUCUGGCUCGCCGAACGAUUCGCCCUGCCCUUGAAAACGGCAGAGAAACCACACGGCCUGCUCACCGUCCCCGAAGCCUUCGGCAUCUACCUCGUCCUCUUUAUGUACCAAUCCUUCAACGUCAUUCCAGCCAACGAAUGGACCCUCCGUGAAGCCGCCACAAAAGCUGCUCCCAUCCUCCGCUCCAUCUUCGAAGCACACCUCAAGACCCAGCGCGGAAUAACAGAACACAUCGUCGACUGGCUCGGCAAAGGAAGCGCCUUCGAAGUCGGCCCCGUAGCAGACCGUCUCUACCACGCCCUCAACGACAGUAAACUCCCCAUCGGCGACCUAGUCGGCGACUGCAUCGGGAUGGGCGCCCCCGUCGCAGGUAACUUAACCCAACAAGCCAGUCUCCUCAUCGAUCUCUACCUCACCGAAGGCUACGAAACGUACAAAGACCGCAUCGUCGAGCUCUCAGCCCUCAAUACCCCCGAAGCGGAGCGCGAACUGCAAGGUUUCGUAUUCGAGGGCAUGCGACACGCGGGCGUGGUCCCUGGUCUCCCUCGCGUGGCAGCAAAGGAUAUUACGAUCACGGACGGCGCGCGCGGUCCCGUUUCCGUGAAAGCAGGCCACACGAUCUUGAUCGCUACGUCGAAAGCGUCGAUGGAUCCUGUGGCGUUCCCGAACCCUGAGAUCCUGGACCCGCAUCGGCCGUUCAAGGAUUACCUGCUGCUGGGCCACGGGUUGCAUUAUUGCUUUGGGUCGAGGCUGGUGGGGGCCAGUCUAGCGGCGACGUUGAGGGAGGUGUUUAAGUUGAAGAACUUGAGGCGGGCGAAUGAGCGGAAUGGGCAUUUUAGUGUGGUGGAAAAGGAGUUUGCGGGGGUGAAGAUGCGGGUUUAUUUGGAUGCUAAUGCAAAGGAGAGUCCGAUUCCGACAACGUUGACGUUGGAGUAUGAUGAGUAG